GAAUGUCAUGGCUCAUCCAUGGCUCCUUUCUUGGAAACAUUUCCCUGGUUCUUGUUGAGAACAAAACAGGGAAAGAACAGAGUAGGACGUUCUGGCACUUUACAAACAACGAAGGCUUCGGAAUCUGGCAGUGGAUGGUCUUAGCUCUCCCAGAUGUUUCAGACAGGUUUUGGUUUCAGAUCAUCACUUCAUGGGAGGAAGAAUCUGAUGCCAUUAUUGCUUUUGACAAUGUUUCUCUUAGCCUGGACUGUUAUCUAACAAUCAAUGGAGAGAAGACACCUCAAGAUACCCCUCCAGACUCAAGCAAUCUGCUCACCAGUAGAGGUGGCCAGAAAAAGAUUGGACUGGAACACAAGAUCCUGGAGAACCUCUCGUUCGGCGCUCCUCCCACCUCUGGCCCCGCAGAUCAUUGGUUGUUCACGACGUGUGGUGCCAGCGGACCCUACGGACCCACUCAGAGCCAGUGCAACAAUGCAUACAGGAACUCCAACCUCAGUGUGAUUGUGGGGGCUGAAGGGAUUCUCCAGGGAGUCCAGAUCUGGAGAGUGCCAGCCACCAACACUUACAGCAUCUCAGGCUAUGGAGCAGCUGGUGGGAAAGGAGGAAAGAAUACCAUGAUGAGAUCCCACGGUGUGUCUGUGCUGGGGAUUUUUGACCUGCAAAAAGAUGAUGCCCUGUACAUCUUGGUAGGACAGCAAGGAGAAGAUGCCUGCCCCAGUACGAACCACGUUAUACAGAAAGUCUGCAUUGGAGAAAAUAAUGUGAUUGAAGAAGAGAUUCGGGUGAACAAAAGUGUCAGUGAAUGGGCUGGAGGAGGUGGAGGAGGUGGAGGAGCAACUUACAUAUUUAAGAUGGAGAAUGGAGAGCCAGUUCCCUUGCUAAUUGCGGCAGGAGGUGGUGGCAGGGCUUACAGGGCCAAAACAGACACGUUUCAUCCAGAAAGGCUGGAGAAUGAUUCUUCAGUUCCAGGUCUGAAUGGAAAUUCAGGAGCUGCAGGUGGUGGAGGUGGCUGGAAUGAUAACACUUCCUUCCUGUGGUCAGGAAAGUCCUUGCUGGAAGGUGCUACUGGAGGAAGAUCCUGCCCCCAGGCCACGAAGAAGUGGGGGUGGGAGACAAGAGGGGGUUUCGGAGGGGGUGGAGGGGGGUGCUCCUCAGGUGGAGGAGGCGGAGGAUAUAUAGUUGAUGUAGGUGGCAAUGCGGCAGCAGAGAAUGACCCCGAGAUGGAUGGGGAGGACGGUGUGUCCUUUAUUAAUCCAAUGGGUAUCUUAUACACCCCGGCACUGAAAGUGACAGAGGGGCAUGGAGAGGUGGAUAUUAAGUUGCAUCUGAACUGCAGUCAUUGUGAGCUGGAUGAGUGCCGGGUUGAUCUGGAGACUCAGAAAGUGAUUUGUUUCUGCGAGCCUGGGACAGACUUGGCUGAGGAUGGUGUCUCUUGCAUAGCAGGCCCAGGAGUUCAUCUCCCCCUCUCCUUGGUCUUGUCUGUAGUGACUUCAGCCCUGGUUGCUGCCCUCAUUCUGGCUUUUUCAGGGAUCAUGAUAGUGUAUCGCCGGAAGCACCAGGAGCUGCAAGCCAUGCAAAUGGAAUUACAGAGUCCUGAAUACAAACUCAGCAAGCUGCGUACCUCCACCAUUAUGACAGACUACAAUCCCAACUAUUGUUUUGCAGGCAAGACUACCUCCAUCAGUGACCUCAAAGAGGUGCCUCGGAAAAAUAUCUCCCUCAUAAGGGGUUUGGGCCAUGGAGCCUUUGGCGAGGUAUAUGAAGGCCAGGUGAUUGGGAUGCCCAGCGACCCUAGUCCCUUGCAGGUGGCUGUGAAAACAUUGCCAGAGGUGUGCUCGGAGCAAGAUGAGCUGGAUUUCCUCAUGGAAGCUCUAAUUAUUAGCAAGUUCAACCACCAGAACAUUGUGCGCUGUAUUGGGGUGAGCUUGCAGGCAUUGCCCCGCUUCAUCCUGCUGGAGCUCAUGGCUGGAGGGGACCUGAAAUCCUUCCUAAGGGAGACACGGCCCAGACCGACCCAGCCCUCUUCCCUUUGCAUGCUGGACUUGCUACAUGUGGCUCGUGAUAUUGCUUGUGGCUGUCAGUAUCUGGAAGAAAACCAUUUCAUUCACAGGGAUAUUGCUGCCAGGAACUGUCUCCUUACUUGCCAAGGGGCUGGGAGAGUAGCUAAAAUUGGAGACUUUGGAAUGGCCCGAGACAUAUACAGGGCCAGCUAUUAUCGAAAGGGAGGCUGUGCAAUGCUGCCAGUCAAGUGGAUGCCGCCAGAGGCUUUUAUGGAAGGAGUAUUUACAUCAAAAACAGACACAUGGUCUUUUGGGGUAUUGCUGUGGGAAAUAUUCUCUCUUGGAUACAUGCCCUAUCCUAGCAAAAGUAACCAGGAGGUACUUGAGUUCGUAACAAAUGGAGGAAGAAUGGAUCCACCCAAAAAUUGCCCUGGCCCUGUGUAUCGUAUCAUGACCCAGUGCUGGCAGCACCAGCCUGAAGAUCGACCAAAUUUUGCCAUAAUAUUGGAGAGGAUUGAAUACUGCACUCAGGACCCUGAUGUCAUCAACACUGCUUUGCCUGUGGAAUAUGGCCCAUGCAUAGAGGAGGAGGAAAAAGUCCCAAUGCGCCCAGAAGACCCUGAAGGAAUCCCUCCUCUGCUGGUCUCCCCACGCCAAGAAAGGAAGGAUGACAAGCAGGCCCUGCCUUCUCCACCCCCUCUGCCCGCCACUGUUGCUCCUGGAAAGCCUUUGCUGAAGGUGGCAGCCUCUGAGCCACCCAUCCCUGCUAAAGUGCGCCCAGGCCUGGAAGGGGGCCAUAUCAGUGUGGCCUAUACACAGUCCAACCCAGCUUCUGAGCUUCACAAAGGCAGAGGGUCCCGAAACAAGCCCACCAACCUCUGGAAUCCAACCUAUGGCUCCUGGUUUGCAGGGAAGACGGGCAUCAAAAAUAAUUCCUUGCUGGAGAAAGAGGUGUCUGAGAGGGAGAAUUUGGGGCAUGAAGGAAACUGUACAGUGGGGCCCAGUGUGGUGACUGGCAGGCUACCAGGCUCCUCCCUGCUCUUAGAACCAUCCUCACUAACAGCUAGUAUUAAGGAAGUGCCUCUCUUUAGGCUCCGCCACUUCCCCUGUGGGAAUGUCAACUAUGGAUACCAACAGCAGGACUUGCCCUUGGAGGCAUCAGCACCGCCUUGUGCUAGCAACUACGAGGACUCUGUCCUUAGAAACAAGGGUCAUGUAGCCCAUCAAGGGCCUUGAGAGCACCCCAGAGCUCUUGACUUUCAUCCCACACGGCCUGUGAGCCUUGAAGAGGUUAUCCGUGUUACCCACACACUGCAAGCAAAAGAGCAGACAGUGUUACUUCCCAUAUUGUGCCAACUGGCUCUAAAGUGCCACCUUUGGAAGCCGUGUUUUCCAAUAAACCAAGGGGCUUCAAAUCACAAGAGCCCAAGCUACAAAAAAAAACCAAGGAGAACGGAUAAUAAAUGUUCACUGCAAGGCCCAGCUUUCAGUUGCAUCAACUCAUUCGCAUGAUUGUUGUCGUGCCCUUUCCCGUGAGCUUCUUCUCAAUUGUGUGUGCUCUGCUUAAAUGUAAAGUCAUGACUCACUGCUUGAGUGUUUCAUGUUUGGAGCUUUGCUUGCCAGACUGGUAAUUGCUAUGGAAUGGGACGUUUGGAAAUCUCCUCCAGAUGGCAGAGAUGCGAGGAGGGCUGGGACAAGCGUCACUCAUUUGAAACAAAUUGGACAAAGCAACUCUGGAUGGGAACACAACAGUACAUUCCCAAGUUGCAUUACAGCUAGAGCACAGUCUUCAAAAGUCCCUGAAUAUGCAGUAUUUGCAGUAUCACUGGCAAGGCAGAGGAAAGUUGCCAGCCAUACUGGAUGGUUUGUUUGUAAGGGAGGUGGGAAGCUAGCUUAAUUAUAAGGGAAAGGGAUGAAAUGCAAAAAAAAAGUUGGCAAUUUUUUUUUCCAGAACCCAAAACUUAUAAGGUACUGGCCAUUUAAAAUUCCUUCCAUCCAAAAAAAUCAGAGCACCUUUUUCUACAAGAAUUUGUUGUUCAGUGGAAUUUGAAUGGGUCAGGCUUAGUUGAGAGAGAUGUGUAACAAGGCCUGACAAUGAGAAGUCACCAGUACUGCUCAAAGGUUUAAAAUACCCUAAACUAAAAUAAAGGCCGAAGAUAGGAUGUUGUGUCCCAAUCUGGAUUCCAGAUACCAUUUGUAUUCCAAGGGGUUACAACUCUUGUUUCCAUAACACAGUAUUUGUAUGAUAAUUUAAAACACAAAGCUCCACUGAUGCAUUUUGAACACCUUAUGCAUGAAAUAUAUCCCAGUAAGUGUAUUGUCAAAUAUAGGCAUAGGAAAUGAAUUCAUGUGUAAAGAUGUGCAUUAAUAAUUUACAGUGUACUCACAAGGGGCUGUUUAUGCAGCAUUGCUGUCUAAAAAAUAAGUGGCUGUCUAUUUCCAUAGAAGUGGGUCUAUUGAGCAGCAGCAAACAACAGGGAAGAUGUGGGACUGGUUUCCUGAUCUAUCACCAUAAAGGAGCAGUUCAAAUUUUGGUUCUGGAUCCAGGCAGUGAGGUGAGUCCCCUUUCUUCAAAAAUGAAACAAGCCAGAACAUCCAGUUUGGUUUUGGGGCCUCAAAAAUGAAGAACCAUAUUUGAUAAGGAUGGUCUAGGCCAUCGUCGCCGAACUAGAAGUAGGAUUAAACUCUCCUCCACCACUCUCCUCUUCCUCCCCUCCUGGUGGAAUAUGGCACUAAAAGUUUGUGGAAGUUUAUGUUGAAAUUAUGCCACAUCUUUUUAAAAUUAGAUUUAUACUCUAUGUUGAGCAGGUUUAUACUAUACAAUAUAAUAAUUUGGUGGUUGCUUAGGUCUUCUUGAUCACCUGCUGCUGGUAUGGUAUAUAUAUCACAGCUGUACAGAUUUCAUGGAUGUAACGAGGCCUAGACCUCACAUCCUCUUUUACUUGAGCUGAAACGAUAAUCUACAAGCUGUGCCAGUGUUACAGCUUACAGUCCUUUUCAUGGACCAGCCACUAGCAAGUGAUUCACUUGCAGACACUAAAACAUUCCCACUAGCCUAGGACUAACAGAUCCUAGGAUCCUAUAGACAACAUCCACAGGGCCUGCUCCCUCUUCAGAUUCCCCAGAUAUUGAGUUUUCCUAUUACUUUUGGUAACAGGAACAUUUUGAAAAAAGCCUCUAGGCUAUGAGUAGGGGUCUACUUAACUUGCCGCGAGAUAAAAUAAUUUUCACAGCUUGGUUGCAGCACAAAGAACCAAUUUCACGGGUAUUUCCCAGCAGCCCCACCCCUCAUUGCUGAUUGGUGGAGGGGUAUUGGCAUUGCAUUUAAUUUUGUAAAAGGUGGUGCUGAAAUCUUUUCACUUUACUGACUGGCACCUUCACAUAGUCUACGUCAUGAGCAGACAGUAACUCUCAAUCACAUGAUCUAUGGCUGCCAAGAUUGUUACAUUGUUUUUGUAUUGCGUAAGCAUGGGACAUUUUAAAACAGCGCAUUAUAUGAAUAAUAAGCUAUGGGGGGCGGGGGGAUUAGGUUGAUUUUGCAGGAAAAAACAGCCAAUGCGAUAUUUCCUGGCCAUCUUUCCACAAAAACUGCAAGACCCCUAGCUAUGAGCAAAGGAAGAUAUGCAAGUCACAGCAUCAAUUUCCUCCCCAUUCAUGACAAUAGCAGGGAUGUAGACUAAUUUCUGUACUCUUAUUUGUGGUGUGCGUGUUUGUGUAUCUCUGUGUGUAUAUACAAGUUCAGUUAGGUGUGCCAUGCUCACAAGGAAAACAGAAAGAGAUGGAUGACUUAAAAGCUUUUAUUACCAUGUUUUAAAUGAUUAGCAUGUCCUGCUGAGUUGAAAUUGGUGGACUCAAAUUCACAUUCUCAGAAGGUAUUUUUGUCUACUCGGUUUUAAAAAUAUAUAUAUAUUUCUAGGAUUUUUUUUCCAUGAAAACUUCCACAGUGGGGAAGAGUACAUCCAAAACCUUUGGGUGGUUGUUUUUUUAAAGAAAUGUUCUCAGCACUCUUGUGUAUGAAGCGCUUUGGGCUUAGGAAGAGGUGUUCAGAUCUGGAAAGAACUGGUUUGUUGAAGAGCUAGGUCUAGAAUUGUGGCUGAAUGGCAUUGAGCAAGCUGUUCUUGAGUAACAUCAUCCCAAACGGUAGAUUCAAGCCUUCUCAUGUAAAUUCUGCCACCUUGCAGUGCUUCAGACGCAUUCAAACUGUAACCAAGUAAGUGCUUUUUGGUUUUGGAUCCAGUGCAGAAAUGGAACCAGAAGGAGGAAGUCUGAAUGUAGAUUCAAACCCACUCUUCAACUCCUCCCGAGCCAUCUAUACACAUGCUCCAGGGUGAUGGGGAAGGAGCUCCAAGAGCUGCUCUAAUUAAAGCGCCCACAGCACCAUGUGUAUUCAGCAUCCUGCACUUCAAAACAGUGGCGGGGCGCUUGAACUAAAGCUCAUUUGACAAGCUUUAGUUCAAGAGCCCCUACUGCCAUUUUGAAGCUUAGGGAUUCUGAAUAGAUGCGAUUGCUUGAGCACAUUAAUUAGCACGCACCAGCAGACUCCGUUAAUCAGAGCAGAUGUGCAGCACAUGCAUAGGUGCCCCUGGAGUUCAGAGAAUCUACUUUGGGCUUAUUCCUAGCACAACAGAUCUCAGCCACAGACUAAUUGUUCCACCACCAGUGAUCCCUACACCACCCUGAAGCCCAGCAUCGUAGGCACUCGCAAUCAUCUCCGAGCCCUCGCUUAGAACUUUCAGAUCCAUAUUCUUCCCCCUACUCCAUACCUGUAGCCCCAAAAAACAGCUGACUACUUGCUCUCAAGACUAUUACUUACGUAAGCUUGUCCCCUAUGGAUGACAUAGGUGCAGUUAUAAGACAAGUAGAUCCAUGGGACAUAAAGGAAGGUUUCUGUGGCUGCUGUCAGUUUGCUCUAGGAAUAAAAUAGCACUUAACACUCCAGUAUUGCUCAUUGCCUAGUCAUUUCAAAUUUUAAACAAUAGUAGCCUUGUUCAAAGGGUUGAAAGAAGCUGUGGUAAUAACCCUGCUACACUUGAUGUAACAGACUGAAGGCUUCAAUCGUCACUGCCAUGGUUCAUAGAAUGAGCUGCAGGAAUCAUUGCAGAUAAGGAAUAAAAAAUAAGAGAUGCAGUGAGACAUGAAUAUGAAGUUCUUGCCUGAAGACAGGCCAAGCUAUGGGGCAGAGCAGGAAAGGAAACAAAACAGCUGCUUGUAUUUGAAGGCUUGUCUCUUUCAAGUGAAAGCACAAGAGCUGGUCUGCAUUAAGCAGACCGGCAGCAGGGUAAGGCACCACCCCCUAGUGCUUUUGUUUUGCGACUGUCUUGUACUGAUUAUCAGUGAAAGGUCCUUAAAAGGUGCCUUUUCUGGUUAUUAUUGUUUCCCUUAGUGGAGCAGAAGAGAUUCAAGAUUCAUAAACCUAGUUCUGCUAUUAUUGUAAUUCCACUGAACACAAUGAAGUUAUUUUAUAGUUAAACCAGAAUCUAAAACAAAUUUUUGUCCCAGUAAUGAAACAAGCCCAUUGGGGGUGGGGGGGGAGGUUGGGUUUUUUUUGUUUUGUUUUUGGCGGGGGGUGGUAUUUGAUAGGGAAAAAAGGGUACAAACUGAUAUCGGCUGAUUAAAAACCAAAAAAUUCUUGCAUUGUGUUUAGAUUGUAUGGUGAAUAAUAUUUUUGCAGUGGGUGGUGGAAAGUGUGCAUUGUCUGGGUUGACUAUGCCAUGGGCCUAGUUAGCAAACCCAUUAUAAAUGUCUUCCUUUAGCUACAUGUAGCUAUUUCCUUGCUACAGCAUGAAAUAUAAUCAGAACCAUAGCCUGCAGUAUGACAAGAGUGCAUAGAAAACCCUGACUACUGAACACGGCCAGGUCCAUGAGUAGCAGCUAUGAAGUAGCUGUUUCCCUAUAGCCUAGGUAGGGCCUAAUAGUUGCUGUGCUUGUGAUGGCUUUUGCUGCUGGGAGCAGGGUAGGAUAGGACAAUUCCUGAUUUGUCUUCUCCACUGCCACAAACAUCCUUUCUUCCAGUGGACUCUGGUUUCUCCUCACGUGCCUGAUCACUCAGGUUAAGGUAGUAGCAAGAUGAAGUUACAGGGAGCCUGGAAGAGGCUCUCGCAGAGGAGGAAGAGACAGUCACCUUUGAUCGUGGAAGCAACGAGGGUGGUGUUGCACUCCCUGGAGAAGCUGUGGGAGUGAAGUCAGUUUAUCUGAGGUCCUUGUGUCAGGGUAUUCAAGAAUAUAGUCAUUAAAAAAUGGUGUGUAUCAUUAACCCACUGCAGUCAAUGCUAGGCAGCCUAAUGUAGUAUCACAGGCUUUCCCUUCCCUCCCCACCCCUGUGUGUCUGCUAAAGGUGAUUCAGUGUGAGUGUAGCCUCAGCAAUGGUCUCAUUUUUGCAAUGCAUGGCAAGGCUAGCCUGUUGAAUGCCAUGAUGUGUUUAAUUUUGCAAGGCUGCCCCUAUAGCUAAGCCCACCAUCUUGGUGACAAGAACUCAGAGAAGAGAAUGGCAUAAAAUAUCCUUUCACCACUGCUAAGACAUCACAUAUUAUUGCCUGCCCCAAACUUACACCGUUCAACAAGAAGUGGCCAAAUUGUCUGCAUCUGGCUUCUUCAUUUUGUAACAGCCUCGCUAGGUAUGUCUCUCAUCUGUACAGUAGCUUAUGCAAGACUGUUUGUAAAAGGAGAAGGGCCUAUGCACUUCAGGGAUAUGAUCAAAGGUAAAUACUAAUAUAUGGUCAUUGAGUAUUUUGUAUCAAAUAGUGUAUUUGUAUUGUAAACAAGUGUAGUGAACCCAAAGGCAUGAAGACAAAUAAAAUGACUAUAAGUGGC